AUGAUCAUCAGUAAAGAAGAAGGGAGAACUGGCAGCUUGCUAGACAGAGACGAGGAGAAGUCAUUGCCGGAUCAAGUGACGGAACAAGCAGCAAGAGGGCCACGAACACUAAAAGGCCAACAGAUAACCCCUCGCAAGCGUCUAAUUGCUGCUUCAAUUCUCUCUUUGAUGUGCUUUGCUACUACAUUCAGCUCAAGUGCAUACGCAUCUUCAGCGUUGAGCAUAGAGAAGCACUUUCAGGCUUCGCAAGAUGUUGUUUUACUGGGAGUUGCACUGUUUGUUCUAGGAUCUGCCCUUGGUCCUUUAUUGUUUGGACCUCUUUCUUUCGUUAUUGGGAAAAGACCGGUCUAUAUCAUCACUUUCCUAUCGUUUACAGCAUUCUCUUUUGGCGCAGCAGAAUCACGUAAUAUCGAAACGCUGAUCAUCUUGCGCUUCUUAGCUGGUGCUUGCGGUUCUUCAGCAUUGAACAAUGUGCCUGCUUCAUUGACCGAUAUGCUCGAACUACAUCAGUUGAACAGCUUCAUGAUGUUUUACGCUCUAGGUUCAACUGCUGGUUCCGGUCUGGCACCCGUUGUGAUGGGUUUUGUGGAUCACUAUGCCGGCUGGCGAUGGAAUCUCCGUGUACAAGCAAUAUUGAUUGCAUGUUCAACCAUAGCAUGCAUUCUAUUUGUUCCUGAAACGGCCGAUCUCGAUAUUCAAGAAAGGUCAGAUACCACUCAGAGAAAAGUUGAUCGACUUUAUCAGUCCUUUUGCUCAUUUUGCACGGCCAUGAAAAGAUCUUUGGGUCGUCCUUUCGCUUGGCUGUUCACGGAACCCGUCGUGACUGUGAUUUGUCUUUACAUUUCACUUUUGUACGGUGUUUUGUAUGCCACAUUUGAGGCUGUUCCGUUUGUGUUCCUCGGACUUCGACAUUGGACUGCCCAAUCAACCGGCCUUUUCUUCCUUUCUCUUUUUAUAGGAUUUUUGGUUGGCGGUGCGUUGAUUGUGAUCUUGCAAGGUAGAUAUUACAAAUCCUUACAAAAAGCAAAUAUACCCAUUCUACCUGAAGCUCGAUUCCGUCAAGCUUUAUGGGGUUCGCUCUUACCGCCAAUUGGAAUCCUCAUCUUUGCUUGGACCGCACCAUUUCCGCACGUUCAUUGGAUCGUUCCCGCGAUUGGGAUGUUUUUAUUCUCGGCUGGAAUGUUGAUCAUCUUUACUUCUUUACUGCCGUACGUUUCCCUUUAUGCCGGUCAAGAAGCCCCAAUGGCAAUGGCUGCAACCACUUUUACAAGAUGCGCUUUCGGUUGUUUCUUUCCUUUGGUUACUAUCAGAAUGCUUGAGAGAAUGACUACGCAAGGCGCUUGUAGUUUCUUGGCUGGCGUUUCACUUCUUUUGGUGCCUGUUCCGUUCUUUUUGAAUGCCAAAGGUGCGUAUUUACGAGAAAAGCAUUGA